CAAGAAGGUCUAGUAGCCGCCUCUGGCCAGUGUGUCUUGUGGCUGAACAGAAUCACACACAGCGCGCAGAACAGAACAGCGUAGUAUUGAGUGGAGUCAGUGCUGCUGAAUGAUUCAGUGCUGUCGAAAAGAAUGAGUAAACGGGGCGAAAGGUUCACACAACAGUUGGAAGAAUCCUAAGGACGUUUUCAUCCUCCUGGAUAGCGGAUUUUUCUUUAAAUUCGCCUGUACUUAAACGCGAGGAUAAUCACAAAACACGUCUCAGAGAAGAAGUUUGAAGCAGAUCUCUGAAAAGCAUCACUCUUGCCAUCAACUGGAAGGGAGAGACAAUUACAGGUACAUUAUGGGGCAAGGAGAAGCUUCAGCAAGAGGCACAAGUAUGGAGGGGGACUGUCUCAUUUGCAUCAAGUACCUCAUGUUCAUCUUCAACUUUUUCAUUUUUCUUGGCGGUGCAUUCCUUCUUGGGGUGGGAAUCUGGGUGCUGGUGGACCCGACAGGUUUCCGGGAGAUUGUGGCAGCCAACCCUCUCCUGUUUACAGGAGUCUAUACAAUUUUGAUCAUGGGCGGGAUGCUGUUCCUGCUGGGAUUUCUGGGCUGCUGCGGAGCCAUACGAGAAAAUAAAUGUCUUCUACUGUUUUUCUUCAUGCUUAUACUCAUCAUAUUUCUGGCAGAGCUGGCGGUGGCCAUUUUGGCAUUCAUUUUCCGGGAGCAUCAGCUCACCAGAGAUUACUUCACCAAGGAGCUAAAAGUACAUUACCAAGGAACCAAUAGCACUGAUGUCUUCACCUCCACAUGGAAUGCCAUUAUGACCACAUUUGACUGCUGUGGGGUGAACAGCGCUGAAGACUUCGAUGAUCAGAGCCUCUUCAGACAGCUGAACCCCAGCAGACUAGUGCCAGAGGUUUGUUGCCAGAGGAACAAUCUGAUGAUGAGCAAGGAGGAGUGUCUCAAGGGAAUUAUGCCAAUCCGUAUCAAGGGCUGUUAUUCAGCAGUAGUGGACUAUUUUGAGACAUACAUCUACAUGGCUGGAGCCCUUGCUAUCGUGGUGCUGACUAUUGAACUUUUUGCCAUGGUGUUUGCUAUGUGUUUGUUUAGGGGAAUCCAGUAAUCUUAACAUGCUGUACAUUAAGGACAUUUUGAGAAGGAAACACAUGGCAUGGAAGACAUUUUUAAGUAAGAAAAAGAAGAAAACAUUUAUAUAUUUGCCAUCUCUAUGUUGUGAUGUUGGAAUAUCUGAGAAUUGCCAAUAAUGUAUCAUACUUCACAGAUGGGAAAAAGAGGCACUUGUGAAAAACAAAAGCAAGAGUCAUUCAUAAGGCAGUCCUUUAAGGUCAAUGGAGGACACCUUGCACUGAUAUUUGGUUGAAUAUUUAUGGAUGACAAAAGACUGAUUUGUACCAAUAUGUUUUACAUUUUAUUUACGGCACAUUGUUCAGCACUUCUUCAGGAGAAAAAUAAAACUACACUGUGUGAA